UCGAACUUAGUUCAGUCGGAAGUGAAACAGUGUAACGACAACAAAAAUCUUCGCAGUCUUAGUCCGCGCGAGUCCGUGAAGCAGAAAUGUCCGUUACGACUGAUUUAUAAGUGUGACAGCCUAUAGAAGACAUCAGAGAAAUACUGAAACGAUCCCAAUUAUUCGAGAACAGUGUGGAAAUAUAGCUUUGUCAUAAAUCCACCCCUAAAAGUGUCAAAUCAUUAAAUAAAUAUCCGAAACAAAUAUACGUAUUUCGGGGCUUUCACAGCCGAGAGACUUGAGAGGUAGGUGGGUUUACUCAAGAGCCGUGGCACGCGAGGUAAGGAGAUUUGGAAGCAUCGUCGAAGGUGGAAGAAGUGGUGGCGUGACGGAUUUAGAAGAGAAAAGAAGAGAAGGUCGCAGUUCGCGGGUCAGGAUGAGCGGACGGUAGCGGGCGCGCAGGCGCGGAUCGAUCGCGCGGCAUCGAACGGCGCGGCGGCCACUCGGCAAUCGGCCUCGUAGCUCGGCGCUUAGUCGCGCGCGGGCUGGCGUGCGAGCGCGCGCGUCUCUGCACGUGCAUGGCGCGCCUGUCUGGAUGCCUCGCGCCCUCGGGGAAUGGCUUCGUCCGAGGAAGAGGCGACAACCACGUCGAGCUCUGAAUAUGACUGCCUCAGUGUCCGAAAAUGGUGGUGCUUCCUGCUAUCGUCGAUCUUCACGUUCGCCGCUGGGCUCAUGGUGGUGCUGUUAUGGCGCGCUUGCGCGUUCGUCUGCUGCCGCAAGGAGCCCGAGCUGUCGCCGAACGACCCGAAGCAGAAGGAGCAGAAAGCGGCGCGCCAGGGCAAACAGGAGUUCGAGGGCACCUUCAUGACCGAGGCCAAGGAUUGGGCCGGCGAACUCAUCUCCGGCCAGACCACCACCGGACGAAUACUGGUAGUGUUGGUGUUCAUUCUGAGUAUAGCAUCGCUCAUCAUCUACUUCAUCGACGCGUCCAGUGAGGAGGUGGAGCGAUGCCAGAAAUGGAGCGACAAUAUUACCCAGCAGAUCGACCUUGCCUUUAACAUAUUUUUUAUGGUCUACUUUUUUAUACGAUUUAUAGCAGCUAGUGACAAAUUAUGGUUCAUGCUCGAGAUGUAUUCAUUUGUAGAUUAUUUCACGAUACCCCCAUCCUUUGUAUCAAUAUACUUGGAUAGAACGUGGAUUGGGCUAAGGUUUCUCCGAGCUCUACGCUUAAUGACCGUGCCCGAUAUUUUGCAGUACCUCAAUAUAUUAAAGACAUCGAGCUCAAUUCGUUUGGCGCAAUUAGUUUCUAUCUUUAUAUCGGUAUGGCUCACAGCAGCCGGCAUUAUUCAUUUAUUGGAAAACUCUGGCGAUCCAUUAGACUUCGACAAUGCACAAUCAUUGUCUUACUGGACGUGUGUGUACUUUCUAAUAGUCACAAUGUCCACUGUAGGUUACGGUGAUGUGUUCUGCCACACUGUACUUGGCAGAACAUUUUUGGUUUUUUUUCUCCUCGUCGGCUUGGCAAUGUUCGCUAGUAGCAUUCCUGAAAUUAUAGAGCUGGUAGGAAGUAGGUCCAAGUACAGUGGCGAGCUGAAGCGUGAACAUGGAAAAAGGCAUAUUGUCGUAUGUGGACAUAUAACGUACGAAUCCGUGAGCCAUUUCUUAAAAGACUUCCUACAUGAAGACCGAGAAGACGUGGAUGUAGAGGUUGUUUUUUUACACAGGAAACCGCCCGACCUGGAGCUCGAAGGCCUGUUCAAGAGACACUUUACCACUGUGGAAUUCUUUCAAGGCACCAUUAUGAACCCAAUCGAUCUACAGAGAGUAAAAGUGCACGAAGCUGACGCAUGUUUAGUAUUAGCCAACAAGUAUUGCCAAGAUCCCGAUGCGGAGGAUGCUGCGAACAUCAUGAGGGUCAUUUCCAUUAAAAACUAUUCAGAUGACAUCAGGGUUAUAAUCCAACUGAUGCAGUAUCAUAAUAAGGCCUACCUUCUCAACAUUCCGUCGUGGGAUUGGAAGCAAGGCGAUGACGUCAUCUGUUUGGCGGAAUUAAAGUUAGGUUUCAUCGCACAGAGCUGUCUAGCGCCCGGUUUCUCCACCAUGAUGGCAAACCUGUUCGCUAUGAGAAGUUUUAAAACGUCCCCCGACACGCAAGCUUGGCAGAACGAUUACCUGCAGGGUACGGGGUGCGAGAUGUACACGGAAACUCUGUCGACAUCCUUCACUGGAAUGAGCUUUCCACAAGCGAGCGAAUUAUGCUUCACAAAGUUGAAACUUCUGUUGCUGGCGAUCGAAAUCAAAGGGGAAGAAGGUACAGACAGCAAGAUCUCGAUAAAUCCAAGAAAUGUGAAGAUACAUGCUAAUACUCAAGGCUUUUUUAUCGCCCAAUCCGCGGACGAAGUUAAAAGAGCUUGGUUCUAUUGCAAAGCGUGUCACGAAGACAUCAAAGACGAAACUCUCAUCAAGAAGUGCAAAUGCAAAAAUUAUGUCGGAAUGAUGAUGAUGCAGACGGGGAUGGUGAAACAAAGUGUUAAUACAUAUCGAAAUGUCGACGUGGCUACAUUCAGGAAAGGCGUACGAGCCGUCCAGAUGGUUGGCCGGGCAAAUGACCACCAUCCUCCCCCCACCUUCACGCCGCCAGAGUUGCCCAAGAAGGUCCAUGUUCGAGGUGAAAUCGCUAGGGAGAGGGGAGAAGAUAUUAGUCUGAUAAAUCGUAAUCAUCGGAGUGCGGCUCCAACGACCCUGCUGUCUCCGAUGGCGAACCAGCUGAUGAACACUACGACCACGAGGCAAGUCAACAAGGUCAAACCCAAUGUCAACCGAGCACCGCCGGACACGAAUACGCAAGACCAAGAUACCAAUUACCAAGCCUAUCAUCUAGCCUACGAAGUGAAAAAACUCAUGCCAACGAGCAGAAGUAGUGGUGGCAAUCAAAAUAGCAAUGGUGUUAGUCUGCCUGCCGGCCUAGCAGACGACCAGAGCAAAGAUUUCGACUUCGAAAAGACUGAAAUGAAAUAUGACUCCACAGGAAUGUUCCAUUGGAGUCCAGCGAGAAAUUUAGAAGAUUGUAUAUUAGACAGGAAUCAAGCGGCGAUGACAGUGUUAAAUGGUCACGUGGUAGUGUGCUUGUUCGCGGACCCGGACUCGCCUCUAAUAGGACUCAGAAACCUCGUGAUGCCGCUGCGCGCAUCGAACUUCCACUACCACGAGCUGAAGCACGUCGUAAUCGUGGGCAGCGUCGAUUACAUCAGAAGAGAGUGGAAGAUGUUGCAGAAUCUACCCAAGAUUUCUGUUUUGAAUGGUUCACCGCUAAGCCGGGCCGACUUGCGCGCAGUGAAUGUGAACCUGUGCGAUAUGUGCUGCAUACUGUCAGCGAAGGUGCCAUCGAACGAUGACCCGACGCUGGCCGACAAGGAAGCUAUCUUGGCUUCGCUGAACAUCAAGGCGAUGACGUUCGACGACACGAUCGGCGUGCUGAGCGCGGGUGCGGCGGCCAACGGCGCGCCGCCCCCGCCCGGCGCCGCGCCCGCGCCCGUGCUGCUGCAGCGCCGCGGCUCGGUUUACGGCGCCAACGUGCCCAUGAUCACGGAACUGGUGAACGACAGCAACGUACAGUUCCUCGACCAAGACGAUGAUGACGACCCAGACACGGAGCUGUACCUGACGCAACCAUUUGCCUGCGGCACUGCAUUCGCUGUCAGCGUGCUGGACUCUCUAAUGUCCACUACGUAUUUUAAUCAGAACGCCUUAACACUUAUUCGAUCACUGAUUACUGGUGGUGCCACUCCUGAAUUGGAAUUGAUCCUCGCAGAGGGAGCUGGUCUCCGCGGAGGGUACUCCACGGCCGAGAGCUUGGCGAACAGAGAUCGGUGUCGAGUCGGUCAGAUAUCGUUGUACGACGGUCCGCUGGCGCAGUUCGGCGAGGCCGGCAAGUACGGCGACCUGUUCGUGGCAGCGCUGCGGACGUACGGCAUGCUGUGUAUCGGACUUUAUCGCUUUAGGGACACGUCGUCCUCGUGCGACGCGAGCAGCAAGCGAUAUGUCAUCACUAACCCACCUGAUGACUUUUGCUUGCUGCCGACGGAUCAGGUGUUCGUGCUGAUGCAGUUCGACCCGGGCGUAGAGUACCGGUCGAGCCGGCGCGCGGCGGGCAAGGACGACGCGUCCUGACUAUUGCUGUGCAGCGCCCUCACCGACGGGCCCUACUCCUACAUCUAGGGGCCUGGCGACCCUCGCCCGAGGACAAUCCUACCCUCCCGCCCCGACCUCCUCGACCGGCCACCUCUCCCGGACGUCGUCGAUAUUACCAGAUUUUAGUUAUCCAGCGAUACCUUCAGUUGUUAUUUUUAUUUCGCCCUCUUUCUUUUCUUUCUCACUUCCGAACUGUUUGUUAUACUUUUCUCUUCCUCUUUCUCUCCCAUUUCACCCAAUUUGAGUUGCCUGUGUCGCCAAUACCGGGUUUGAGUUUUUUUUUUAUUUUUAUUUUUGACGGCAUUUCCUUUCGGACACUGCACUGCAAAAUUUCACUCACUUCGAGCACUUAAUAGAAGAUUCUACAAGAUCCGUGUCGCUUCUCGAAAUAGUGUUUAGGGAUAAAUUUCCCUAUAAUACCGGGACUGUCUGUACAAAUUACACAGGAUUCUAUAUAAUGGAUACACGACACUUAUCGUUGGACAUUUACAGGAUAUCAGAGUGAUAGUAUUAGAAAAGCUUUCAAUUUCUCGGUAUAUUUUAGUCGUGAAUAUAGAUCUGGUCAUGUCCGUGAUAUUAGCUAACAGUCGUAUCGUAACAAAUGGCUCUAAUCGUGUACAUGUCCAUCGAUAAAAGCACUGCACACUAUUACACUUUCCAAACUGAGGGUAGGCAUACGGUGAUUUUAAACGAUUAUAAUCGAAUACAACAAGGACUAUGUAAUCAAAUGCUCAAUGUAAAAGAACCUUUUAAACUUUUAAUUGCACGAACGCCUAAAAUAUAUCAGGACAAAGUAUAAAUAUAAGGUACAUACUUGCAUAUAUAAAUUAUUGCUUCGUUUAGAUUUGUCCAUUCCUUAUCAAGUAGAUUACUUUUCAUAAUCACUAUUAAGGUUAUUUUUAAUUGAUAUUACGUAGAAAUAUAUUAAGCAUUUAAAAUACUCAUCGACUGAUUGAUGUGUUAACUUUCUCACUUUACAUAUAUACUUAUACAUUAUUAUAUUUUAUUUUGACACCUUUAUGAUUUUUCAUUGAAUUCUCACUGAAUUCGUCGUUUUUUAGAGUUUUUAAGGCUUUAUCGCUUUUUAUAAUGCACGGUAUGGUAGAAGUCUGCAUACAGUUCCAUUGCUCAUUGUCUUCUUUUUGAUAUUAUUUAGUUUCUUUUAUUAUUAUUAUUAUUGUAAUCAUAGUGUAGAUUGGUGGUGAACGCUUUAUUUUCUAUGUAUCGUGUCUAUGACUUAUGCACAGAAAAUAUUGACAUUUACCAAGUAUUAAGCUUCACCAUUAUUUUAGUUAAUUUUUUUUUUUUGUUUAUUUUUUUAAUAAAUAUUUUUUUUAAAGUA